AUGCUAAGAAGCCAAAGCUGGCAUCGGAUUAACUCCUCCAGCGACGAGAGACUGAAAGGCCGGAGGGAAACAGCAAAAAGGAGGAAAGAAGAGUCUGGGAGUGAAUCUCCUCCCCCAACGCCGUCCACUGCCCUUCUCAACCCUUACUCGCAUCCAGGUUCAAGAGCGAGAAAAGAUGAGGUUGGCUCAGCAGCGCCGGUGAGGAUCACGCAGCAAAAGCCCCUCACUGGCGGCCGCCAUUUUGAAACUGGAGAGUCAAGCAGUGAAAGGAAGAAGAGGAAUGAUUUAUCGGAGCCACCCCUCCCUUCGAGCGGGCGCGGAGAAUGGUGGGUCCCGAGGCCGCAGCUUCCGCCGGCGCCGGUGGUUGGGCUCACCGCCGCCCUAGGUCGUGGUCUUGUUGUUGCUCCUGAGGCUUCAGCAUUCAUGAUGAACUUACUUCAGAUUGUGCGUGACCACUGGGUACAUAUACUUGUCCCUGUGGGAUUUGUCGUUGGAUGUUACCUAGACAGAAAGAAUGAUGAAAAGCUAAUUGCCUUCCGGAACAAGAGUCUGUUAUAUAAAAGGGAACUAAGACCCAGUGAAGAAGUCACCUGGAAGUAAAGGCUGCUGCUGAAUUACAGAAUGUUCACAGUUUUUAAAUUAUAAGAGAAAUAAAAACACAUUCAUUACUUAA